AUGUCGUCGUCAAUACUAUCGCCUUUACUACGUCGCCAAAGUUCCCAAUUGCUCCGUCCCAUAACCAGAGCUCGACGAGCAUUAUCUGCUUCGCCGGGGUUGGCGGACUACUACACACCGACACCCUUUGUCCACGAAUCCGUCGGUGGAGGAUGGCAUUCCUAUGAUAUAUUUUCACGCCUUCUCAAAGAGCGCAUCAUAACGCUCAACGGUCCUGUGCACGAUGGACUCUCCUCCGUUAUCGUAGCCCAGCUUCUUUUCCUUGAAGCUGAGAACCCAGAAAAGCCCAUAAACCUUUACAUCAACUCCCCGGGUGGCUCCGUCACCGCUGGGCUGGCAAUUUAUGACACAAUGAACUAUAUCCAGGCGCCCGUCAGUACAAUAUGCAUUGGACAGGCAGCCAGCAUGGGAAGUUUGUUGUUGGCGGGAGGAGCAAAGGGGAGGAGGUAUUGCCUACCACAUUCGAGCGUUAUGGUGCACCAGCCGAGUGGCGGGUAUGCGGGGCAGGCAACAGAUAUUGCGAUACAUGCAAAGGAGAUACUGAGGGUCAGAGAGAGGCUGAAUAUGAUCUACCAAAAGCAUCUAACGAAGCCGCAUACGCUUGAGGAGAUUGAGAAAAUCAUGGAGCGAGACCUGUUUAUGGGUGCUGAAGAAGCAAAGGAGAUGGGUAUAAUAGAUGAAAUCCUUGUAGCUCGGAAAAAGCCCGAAGAGCCAGAAACUCCCAGAUCUUCAUGA